GAUUUUCAGCCGGCAGCUCAACUUCUCCGCCGCUGCCGCCGCCAAUUGUGGCCAGAACAAGCUGAUGGACGAGCUCAGGCCAAAUCUGGGCCUGCUCGGCGUCGGCCUGGUCGAGAACGACAGCUUCCACCUGAAUCACAAUCAGGAGAAGAGGAAGUGCAGCAGCGCCAGCUCCAACGAGCAGGACUUCGGCCUGUACGGUGUGCACCAGGGCCUCGAGGCGAGCCCGCCGACGCCCGCCGCCACGCCGGGCAGGAGCAGCGUCGGAGCUACCACCACUGUCGGAGCAGAAGGCGCUUUUAAAAAGUUAAAGCCCGACCCCUGCGCCUCCAGUCCUCACAUUGGCCACACACCUACGACAGCCAGUUGUCCAACACCCGCCCGACGGCGACACAGAACUACCUUCACGCAGGAGCAGCUGGCAGAAUUGGAAUCGGCGUUUGCAAAAUCUCAUUAUCCGGACAUAUACUGCCGGGAGGAGCUGGCGAGGACCACCAAAUUGAACGAGGCUAGAAUUCAGGUUUGGUUCCAGAACAGAAGAGCGAAAUACCGGAAGCAGGAGAAGCAGCUGCAGAAGGCCCUGACGCCGAUUCCCGCCUGCCAAGGUGCCAUGAUGAGGAAUAUCUAUCCUGGCGCCAGUAGGGGUUAUCAACCCUAUCCCCAUCCUCACAACAGCAUAAAUGGCAUAAAUCGUUAUCCCCAGAUGGGCACGACGUCUUACCCGAGCAUGACCCAGCCGUUCUCCAUGUCGCAUUCAGCGUCGAAUAUGUCGGCCGUCACCGGUAUGCGACAAGAUGCAAUGGGUAUGUCAGCGGAGGACGAGUGGUACAACAAAAGCAUCUCGGCCCUGAGAAUGAAUACAGCCCACCACCCGAACCUGGCCGCACCGAUGUUACAGUACCAAACAUAAUUGUAAACGGAGGCGGGCGGGCGACUCAAGGGAGGUCUCGUCAGAAAUCGGACGGCGCACUUGUGACCGCAACCGACGUCGUGG